AUGACUACGGCAAAUAUAACUGACCUAUGCAAAAUUUGUGACGGUAGAAUCGAAUGCGCGCCCACCGCCAUCUUGCUUAUAUCUUUGGUCCAUACGCUAUACGGACAUUUGGGCCCGGAAAUCGACUAUUUUGGCAAUAACAAGCAGGAAUUGAUCAGCACGGAAGACAAAUUGACUGUUAUUCCGAAACUUCGCCACCAUUACCUGGAGGAUAAUAAUGAUAGUACUAAAUUGAGUGAGUUCGAUUUUAUCGUGGUUGGAGGUGGAACGGCUGGAUGUGUUCUUGCUAGUCGAUUGUCCGAGAAUAGAAAGUGGAAGAUAUUACUAAUUGAAGCAGGAGCCGAAGAGCCAAAGAUGACAUUGAUACCAGCUCUCACAAGUGAACUACACGGUUCUUCAGUUGACUGGCAAUAUUCAAUGAGGCCGAAAAAGGGAUUCUGUCAAAAUCGCAAGGAAAACGGCUGCGAAGUGAUUCAAGGCAAAGUACUGGGCGGAACUUCGACAAUUAAUGAAAUGGCCUACAUAAGGGGCAGCCCUGCAGAUUACGACGAGUGGGCACUCAACGGUAAUGAAGGGUGGAGCUUCAACCAAAUUUUACCAUACUUUAAAUACUCCGAAGGGAACUAUGAUAAGGACAUAUCAAAAAAUAAAUUCUUCCACUCCACACAGGGGCCCUUAGACGUAGGCCGUUAUCCAUAUGUUGAUGAUAACGUCGAUGUUCUACUUAGCGCAUUGAACGAGCUAGGAUACAAUUACACCGAUGUAAAUGGGAGAACACAACUCGGAUUCAUGAGAAUACAAACGAUGUCGUAUUUUGGCGAACGAGUCAGUACAUAUACCGCAUUUCUAGAGCCCAUAAGAAAACUUAGGACUAAUGUUUACAUAGCCACCGAGGCCUUAGCAACUAAGAUACUAUUUGAAGAGCACGGUGAUAGUUUAAAAGCACUGGGAGUAGAAUUUAUUAAGAACGGUACAAAGUUAAAAGCGAAAGCUACGAAAGAAGUAAUUUUAAGUGCAGGUGCGAUCAAUUCGCCUAAAUUACUAAUGCAGUCUGGAAUAGGUCCAAGAGACUAUUUGGAGUAUUUAAAUAUACCUGUGCUGUACGAUUUACCAGUUGGUGCUAACUUUCAAGAUCAUUUAUCUGUUUGUCUACCAAUUAUCAAACUAACCAGAACGGCUACAACCACGAAAUUUACAGAAAAAUUAAAAGAUAUCACGAGUUAUUACACCAAAGGUCUGGGCCCGUUGUCAGCAAACUAUCAGGUUAUUGCUUUCCUUGAGUCUAGUAUAUCGGAGAUACUAGGCACACCUGACAUUGAAUUUCGGUUUAAAGGUCACGAUUCUAACAUGUAUUAUGAUAAAAUGGAUAUGUGUGUUUCUCUAAUAUCACCGAAAAGUAGAGGUCAAAUUAUAUUAAACGCAACAGAUCCUAUAUUCGGAACUCCUCUUAUUUACCCCAACUUUCUUAAAGAUCCCACGGAUGAGAAAAAAAUAUUAGAAGGUAUCCAAAAGAUAGUUAAGCUUUUUGACACAGAAGUGUUUAAAACAGCGGAAUAUGUUUUUGAUCCUAAACCGAUUUUAAACAAUGAAUGCAGGAAUCACGAAAGGGUGUCAGAAGAAUUUUGGUCAUGUAUCAUAAAGCACUUCUCUGCACCAUUACACAACUAUGCAGGAACAUGUAAAAUGGGACCGUCAAACGAUCAAGAAUCAGUUGUCGACAACACUUUAAGAGUAUAUGGAACCACCAACUUCAGAGUCGUAGAUGCAUCGAUCAUGCCAAAAAUUACCCGAGGAUCAACAGCGGCAGCAGUAAUUAUGAUAGCUGAAAAAGCUAGCGAUUUAAUUAAAAGUAAUUGGUACUGA